AUGGAUCUCGAUAUUGAGAUGGACGAUGCCGUCGACACGGUUCACGACGCACCCAUUCUCGACAUCGGUCGCGAUGAUAUCCUCCAACCUGACGAGCCUGAAGAGCCUGGCGAGGUGGCUGAAGACGACCCUCCGGCCGACGACUCAAAGACCCUCGUCCCGACAAAAAUCCACAUCAAGGGUGUCGACUCUCUUCACACAACCGACAUCAAAGCCUACGUCAAGGCUCACUUCGGCGAUGUCGACAGAAUCGAGUGGAUUGACGAUUCUUCCGCCAACCUCAUCUUUCCUUCUGAACCCACGGCGCGUGAUGCAAUUGUUGCCUUGAGCUCUGUUCCCGUCGCAGAUGCCACAGCAUUGGCAAUCGGAGAGACUCUGCCUGCGAAGCCUUUGGAAGGGAAGCCAGAGAUUUCUCUCCAGGUGAGAUUUGCAGUACAAAGCGACAAAAAAGAGGUCGGUGCUGCCUUGCGCAGCCGCUAUUAUCUCCUUCAUCCUGAGCACGACCCCGAGGAGCGACGGCGCAGGAAUCAGGAAAACCGGUCAAGGUACAGGGAUCGUGACGAUGGCUAUCAUAGGGGUGGCGAGGGCCGACGACGACGCGCCUCUGACGACGACGUUGAGACGUUUGAAGCCAGCAUGUACGAUGAUGCGCCUCGUCCAACACGGAGAAGACGCGAUUCAGACAUAGAAGAACGACCACGCUCAUAUGCUCGUGAGAAUCAAGGCAAGGAAUUGUUUUCAGGCCGGAAAACACAACGCGACCGAUCUGCAUCUCCCAGGCGCGAUAACGAUGGCGACGAUCUAAUGGAUGAGAGGGCUAGCUCAUCUGGGAACAGAGCGCGAGCGCGGGAUCUCAAGGAUCGCAUAUCAGGCAGUAACAAUUCCAAGGAGUUGUUCCCGACCAAGAAGUCGAUUAAGCAGUUUGGUGGAGGAAACCUGGAUACCCUUGAGCGAGCGAUAGGAUCAGCCCGCCUCAAAGAUGAAGAUCGCCCCAAGAUUGUUUCCGUGCCUAGUGCACGAGGCGAUGGCAACUCAUUCAACAUCCGCGGCAUGGCGAGCCAGCAGGGGAGUGGAGAGGGUUUUGCGAUUAAGGGUGCUGCUUCAGCUAACGCGCGCGAAUUGUUCCCUACUAAACUUGGCAGCAACAAUACUGGCAAGGAACUAUUUGGAGGAGGGAGAUCGAAGCAACGACAGAAGGCUGAGGACCUUUUCUCUUGA